UCGAAUGUCUGUAUAAAUACACAGAAAUUCGUGAGUUCCCGUUCAGUUUGAAAAGUUCGUUCCAAAGUGUCAAGGAAACGAAUACUGGUCCCGGGCCUCAUUUACAAAUAAGUUUCUUUUCAUUCUUGGAUGGAAAUGGCUACGAAAUCGAUAAGGUACAUUUUAACCAUUUUAUUUGUUUCGGUCGCUUGCUGUAACUGCCAAAGGGACGGAAGAAGCGGUGCAUCUUCUUCAUGGGAGAAACUCCAAAUCUUACCCGAUCCGUCAAUGUCCAUGGUGUACGGCAACUUUCUCGUUGAGAUUUACGAACACGCCAACAAUGGAAAGGCAACGACAACUGAUAUCAGCCAGAAAAAGUUUUACUACUCUCCUCUCGCGCUGCUGGACCACAAAAGUGCCGUUAGUUCUUUCAACAAAGCGAUGAAGCAAGCAGAGGUGAGAUUUAGCGUUGAAAUGUGGAACGACAAAGUUCAAAAUGAAGUUAUGAAAUAUUUGAGCGAAUUCCUUAGUCAAGAAAUCAAAUAUGAUAAAGUGAGAGUCAUUCCCUUGGAGAAGGUCAUUCUCACCAGUAACACACCCACAUCCGAUUAUACGCUAUCGCCAGUUUGGACGAACUAUGACAAGAGCAAAACCCUGAAACUUUCGCUGUCGUGUUACGAUCAGAAAAUCUGCGACGAUCUGGCCAACGAAAUGCGAUCAAAUCCCAAACAAUUUGACCAUUUCAAACUCCUGUACAGCUUGUCAUCGCAGGCGUCAAAUCCACCCAAAAAGGCGACCUUCACCAUCGACAGCGUCACUUCCGGUCAAUUGGUCUCGACUCUUUUACAGAAAUUUGAAGACAAAAAAGAAGUUUUUCUGACGGCCAGCGAUGAGAAAAAAAUGUUGACGGAAAUGGCUAACAAAAUUCGAAUGGACACAUUAGACGACUCGGAGAUUGCGUCUCCCGAAACGGAAUCUCAAAUUUUAAUUACUUUAAAAGGUUUGCUGGUCACAUCCACGACGACCAUCAAAGACCAAGGCGACAAAAAGUGGGACUCUGUUUUCUGGAAUGACGACAAUUAUCGGCCGGAUAAAACGACGAAAACUUUAAAUGGAAUCAUCAACAAAAUGGACACGGAAACUAAAAGGAAACUGACUGACAUGUUUCAAGAAGCCGACAAUUCUGACCCAAAUAGUUGGGCUGACGUGGGCAGAAUCAGUUCAGUCAUUUCAAAGAAAAUGGCAACCGAUUCCGAUAGUUACGGCCAGUUAAAAAUUGAAGUGAAGGAAGACGCUGAAAAAUUACUACAAGAAAGUAGAAGUCACGUCCAAUGGAAUGGAGACAAAUUCGUGCCCAAACCGAUGCAACUGAGCAGAAUCAAUUUGGACAAAUUUCGUGAUCAACAAUCGCUUCAGGAUCGCAACGUUCUUAUCAGUUACACGACCGCUGAACUGUCGGCACCAAUCAAAAUUAUGGAACAGGCAGCAGAAUUCCCUGUCACUGACACUGCCGAACAGAAAAAUUUAAAGGACCAACUGAAAGCUAUUUCUAAUCGCUUAGACAACACCAUAAACGACUUGUUUAAAACAAAGAACGAAUUGACUAAAAAAUGUGAAGGGAAUAAGCAGGAGUGGGUGAAAACGAAGGCUGAUUUAACCAAACAACUCGACUCAAAAUUAAAUGUGAAUUCAAACCAAUUACGUCAAGAACUAAAAGUCAGUGAAGCAAAACUGAAAAGAGAAUUUUCAGCAACCUUUAAUGAUUUUGAAAAAACAAAAACAACUUUGGCCUCACUCAGAAUGGAUUUGAGCAACGCCGUGUUCACCGUUAAGGAUUAUGCGGCCAAAUUAAAUGAGCGAACGAGUGAAAUAGUUGACAUUGGUAAAAUGCCAACCUCGUGCACGGACCUGCAGCGAAUGGGGCACAAACUGAGCGGAUUCUUUUCCGUCAAAGGAUCGAAGAAGAUGGAAAUAAUUUACUGUGACUUUUAUCCUAAUGAAAAUGAAAUCCAAACGAGGAUCGGAUACGUCGACGUCAAAUCGGCGCCCGUCUAUUUUCAAGUCACGAGAGAUUCUUCAUAUAAAAUAACAAACACUCCAAUUCCGUUCGAUUUGCAGGCGAUGAAUGAGGGAAACGCCAUGGAUUUGAAAACGGGGAAAUUCACGGCACCGCGACCGGGAAUUUAUUAUUUCUCUUUCACGGGACAUGCGCGUAUUUCAAAUUCAUCGCCUUAUCAUUUCUAUUCCUCUCUUUAUUUGAACGGGUAUAUAGUUGGGUCGAGUUUUGUUAGCGAGGAAAGGGACGCCAUCAAUAAAUUUAGUCCGUUGACCGUCCAGGCGACGCUAAACUUAAAAAUGGGCGAUCAAGUUUGGGUGCAGAUUCAAUAUUAUGGUUUAUCCUCGUAUUUGUAUUCUUUGCAUGACGACGGUGACCGCUUGACCCAUUUCACGGGUUUUCUGCUGGAGGAGGAUAUUGAGGCGUCCCGUUAGAUCUUUUAGGGGAAAUGCCAGAGGGAAGGAAAGAUCUUACGAAAAUUCAAUAACUAAUUUUCAAGUUUCUAUCUGCAAAACUCUGGACGCAACAAGUAGAUAAAACCGAUUUUGAUUGCCAAUAUUGAUUGCCAAUUAAAUCCAGAUUCACAAAAUGGGAGAAACUAGACUAGAAAUGGGGGGAGGGAUUCAUUAGCUAAUUCAUUAAUCGUCAAUGGAUUAUAAUUUUCAAAUUAACUUUUUCAGCUUCACGCUCUUUAUAGCUGCGCAUCGCUGCACACAAAUUCACGCGUCUAUCUGCUAAAUCAAGGGAAGGUCAAACUUGUUUUGAUCCCACCCCCGAAAAAAUCAUUAAAUUUUUCAAUUUGUUUGCCGAUUGCACAAAAAAUAAACGAUGAAACGAUUAC